AGAAGAGGAGUGAGUUUCUAACCCUCUCCCUCCCUGACAUGCGAGAAGUGCAGGAUGCUCUCCUCAGACCGGGACUCUGCGGAGGACAGGACGGCCAGCGCUCCCAGUGAGGCUGAGGGAGAGGAGCAGGAGGAGGAGCAGGAGGAGCAGGAGGAGGAUGAAGAUCCAGAGACUGGGAGUGAUGCUCUGGAGGAGCAGCGUCCAGUGCAGCAUUCCCUGGGUGCUUGCGUCUGCCGGGAGUCCUACUGGCGCUGCCUGCUGCUCUCCCUGCUCAUGUACAGCUGUGUGGGCGUGGUGGCCUGGUGUCAGCUCACCCGGGUCACCAAGAUCAGCUUCAACUCCGCCCUCACCUCCUCCUUCACGGCCUCCUUCACCUCCUCCAUGAGGGGGGCGUCUGGGAUGGGGGGCGUCGGAGGCCACUCGAUGAUCUACCACGACAGCCCCUGCUCUGACGGCUACAUCUACAUCCCCCUGGCCUUCCUGCUCAUGCUCUACGUGCUGUACAUGGUGGAGUGCUGGCACUGCAGAGCCAGGAGCGACCUGCAGUGCAAGGCGGACGUGGACAGCGUGUACGAGCGCGUGCUGCGGAUGCGGGCGGCCCAGCCCUGCAUCUGGUGGAAGGCCAUCAGCUACCAUUUUGUGCGGCGGACUCGGCAGGUCACGCGAUACCGUAACGGGGACGCCUACACCACCACGCAGGUGUUCCACGAGAGGGUCAACACACAUGUGGCAGAGGGAGAGUUUGACUACAGCCAUUGUGGGAUGAAGGAUGUAUCGCGUGACCUCACUGGCCUCGAGGAACAUCCGGCUGCUCGCUUGCGCUUCACCAAGUGUUUCAGCUUCACAGAGGCAGGUCCAGAAAACGAUUACCUCAACCAGAGAGCCAGGUUCUUCUCUGAAAUCGAGGGUUUGGACGAUUACAUGGAGGCCAGGGAGGGGAUGCAGCUAAAGAACGUGGACUUCAGAGAAAACCUGAUCGCCUUCGUGGACCCAGAUAGGAUGCCCUGGUACACUUCCCAUGUUGCCUUCUGGCUCGCAGCUCUCUUCAUGCUGUCCUGGCCUCUGAGGGUGCUCAUAGAGUACCGCACUUCUUACGUGCACUACCGCAUAGAGAAACUGUUUGGGUUAGAGUACAGCAGCCCGUCGCCUCUGGAUGAGGACCGGCCAGUGGGAAGUAAUAUCACUUGUGGGAUUCCUCGAGUAGACACACUGGACAGCACUGAGAUGGAGUGGCACAUCCGCUGCAACCGCCAGGUGAUCCCCAGCUACUCAGAGGCCAUGCUGAUAAACAUGAGCACUGCCGACUCUCACUCACUGCAUGACACUGAGUGCAUCUCAUCCUCCAACGGCUUCCUGUUGAACAGCAGCCAGGCAGCUCAGAACUACGGUGCUCUCCAGAGCCAGGACGAGUGCGGGCGAAGCAGCGAGCCGCCGGCACAAGGAAGCGAGGCAGGCAGGCGGAGGACCAUCACCAGCUCCAGCUGCUCCUCCAUCUUCUCCUGCCGGGGAGCACUGUUCCAGUCCCACCUCUCCUCGGACACGUCUCGCCUGUCUCUCUGCCGCAUGUAUGGCUCCCAUCGCACCGUGGCACUGUGGAGGAGCCACAGCAGCAACCUGACGGACCCCUGCUGUGUGGACGAGCAGUGCUGCAGGUCCGACUCCAGCCAGCUGGCCCUCAGCGACAGUCCGCCCACCUACAGGGACGCCAGUUUCUUCCCAGUUCUCAUAGUGCAUCGGUCGGAGGGCUGUGGCAGCGAGGAUGGGAGGGAGGUGAGGCGUUAUUUCAUACGGAGAGGGUCGUCCUGUGUGGAGACGUCUCUGUGAAGGACGCAAAGAGGUCGACAGGUCAAGAUUGAUCAGUAACAAUGGACAGAGUCAAUAUUUGAUUGACAGAAUGACAGUAAUGACAACAUAUGGAGAAAGUCUGCUUUUUCAGGAAAUUCCACUGUAAAUAUGGAGCUGCAGGUUUGAUGUAUCUAAAAGCACUGGGACAUUCUCACCUUGACAUUUCCUCCUUGUAGCAAAAACAUUAAUCAA